AUCGAUCAAGGAUGAAACAUGUCUGCACUCAAAAGUGGGAAAGGCCAAGCGUCCAAGACUCGAAGUCGAUAUUUAGGCCAAAAGAAAUUCGAUGGGUCAAGGUAGCUAGACCGUAUACCGUAGAGAUGGGUAGAAUGAUUCCGUAUCGACGCAGCAGGCCCUCCUUCUUCAAAGUCUUGGUCGCCCCCGACUUCUCCAAACUGCUUGGGAUACCACCACUUUUUAUCAAGCAUUUCAAUGGAUCGGUGCCUAAAAGACUCACCCUCAGAAGUCCAACCGGGAAAAGUUGGCCUGUUAAAGUGAAAAAGAUUGACGAAAAAUUCUAUUUCCAUACGGGUUGGCAGAGAUUUGUAGAACAUCAUUCUUUGGUGUGGGGGGAUUUUCUAGUUUUCAGUUAUAACGGCAAGUCCAAAUUCAGCGUCAAGAUAUACGACAGAAGUUCUUGUGAAAGGGAUCUGCCUUCAGCUCCGAGUAACGUUCAUUCCCAGCCAAGGAAACAAAAGAGAGGUAAAGAAAUGGCCAGAGUCACCACGGAAGUCGUUGUUCAGAAUCACGGUAUGAGUGCUUCCCACCCAAACAAAGAAAAGCCAGGCACAUUAAUGGCCAGAGCCCGCACUAAAGUAAUUGCUCAGAUUUAUGAGAGUGCGAGUGAUUCUCACCCAAGGAAAGAAAAAAAAGGCGAUGUUAUAGCUAGGUCCACCAAGAAAGGUAUUGAUCGUGCUCUGAGAAAGAGUUAUUCUCACCCAAAGAUGGACAAGUGUGGCAAAGCAAUGGCCAAAUCCACCAUGAAAGCAGUUGUUUCUAGCAAGGGAAACGGUGGCUCUGGAAAACCAAGGAAGAAAUCAAAUUACGGGAUUGAAAGGCAACCAAGAAGUGAGGCAAUUGAAGCUGCGUCUUCGUACAAAACAGAAUUUCCACAUUUCGCAGCACUUUGUGGAAAGUCCAGAAGAAGUCAUAUGGUUGUUCCAAAGGCUGUAGCAAGAAAAGUUGGGAUCACAGGCAAGGGAAAAGCAGUGCUAUUGGAUCCUAAAGGGAGGUCAUGGCGUGUGAGUUUCGCUCCAAGAACGGAUGGUCGUGUAGAUAUUAUAAGCGGGUGGGCAGCUUUUUGGAAAGCCAAUAAUAUAGUAGAAGGUGAAGCAUGCCACUUUGAGUUCAUCCAAGGAACAGUUGCAGGGAAAGUGAUCAUAUGCGUCAACAUAUUCCGAGCUGCGGGAUUCGGAGAACUCGCUCGCUUCUCUAAUAUUAUACCUAUGGCCUUCUUCGGCUUGUGAAGAUGUUAGCUUGUAACACAGAGGCCAGCGUAUCUGAAACUGAUGCUGCACAAAUCACUUCUUCUCUUCUCUGUAAUACUGAAAAUGAAAAACAAAUGGGCCAGAUUAUAUGAUCGACUGAGGAAUGCAUUUUAUGCUUUUGAAU